AUGUUGGCACGCGUGCGAGAAGUUAUCGUUCCCUCGGCGCCGGAGUACGAGAAGAAGUCCUCCUCCUCUUUGAUACUCUCAUCGUCGUCAUCGAAUGAUGAAGUGAUAGAACUGUCAAUAGUCGUGUCCCCGGACGUGGAGGACGAAGCGUGCAAAGUGCCUAAAUUGACGAACGAUUACGUCUCCGUCGCGCUGGAUAUGGCGUGCGAGAAAAACGCUUCGACCGAGAACGACGACGACGACGAGUGCGAGAGAGUUUCGGAUUCGUAUUAUUCGGAGAGGAGUUUGAGAGGGUCGUCGUUUUUAAGCGCGCUGAAACGAAGAUUCGUGUGGACGAUGGCAAAAAUCGACGUGAAAACCGCUCGCGUGCGCCCGAUGAUACUCGCGAGCGGGAAACGAAUUCUCUCUUCGAUUGGUCGAGAACUCGCGAGGCAGUUUCCACCGAUCGAGACGUACGUGAUGGAGAACGUGUUGAUGCGGAGAGCGAUGGAGGAAGAGGAAAUGGCGAUUUUGAAUCCAGACGCGAGACGCGCGUUCGAGGAGAGUUUGAUGUUACAGAGCGGGAAAAGCGACACGGAUAGGGAAGAAGAAGGAGAGGAGGAAAGGAGGAAGGUAACGAAAGAAGUUGAAGAAGAGAGUAUUUUGGAAGCGCCGAUGGUGGUGGUGACGAGUAGGAAGAAGGUGCGGAAUAAGAGGAGUUGGUUGAGAGGAAGUUCGAUGGAGGAGGAGGAAGCGUCUUCUUCGUCUUCUUCUUCGACACCGGUUUUGGCGGGCGACGCGGACAUCGAGCCGCCGGCCACGCCGCCUCAAAAGGAAGAAGAGGGUAGUAUUAUUCAAUUGCCACCUCAAAAAGAGCUCGCGGCGAUUACGAAAGCGAAGCAAAGGUUGCGAGAGGAAGAAGAAAAAGCCAAACGAAACGCGGUGUUGAAUAGUCAAAGUAGCAAUAAUAGUACACCGCUGAACUUUGCGCCAGGUUGGAAGAAAGACGUGGACUUUGGCGACGGAACGAACGCGGCGGUCAUAUUAGCCAGUAAAAGCGACGUGAAGAGUCGGAAAAUCCGACAACCAAUGAAACAACAAAGCAAUAGAAAAAUGACGGAUAUGUUCGGCGGUUCGAUGAUGAAAGGCACGCCUUCGCCGCCCGGAAAAUUGAAAAAGAACAACAACAGGAACAACGCGAGCGGGAAUAAUAGUGGCGCGGGUAACAACAACAAGAAAAAGUUUUCGCCGCCGAAAAGCGCGAAGAAACGCAGACAGUUCGAGGAGAGACGCUUGGCAAAGUUAUUCGAGGAAGAGAAAGAAAACAAAUCUAGAUUGGAGUACAGUUACUACUGCUCGGCUGGCGAUACCGACAUCUACGUCGAAGCCGUCGUAAAACCGAUCAAAGGCAAAGCGUUGUAA